CAACAACAAGAACGAGAACGAGAAAUUCAACUAAUAAUUCAUUUCAAUCAAAAAUGUUGCUCAAAUUAACUGUAAAUGAUUGUGAUUUACCUGAAAAUAAUUAUUUUACAUAUAAAAUAAUUGAAGAAAAAUGGUCAUCAAAACCAAUAAUUUCAAUAACGGAUGAUCAAUACUAUCAAGGACAGCAAAAUGAAUUUAUUACUGGCCAUUAUUUUAGUAUCGAACCAUCAUCAUCGAUGAUGAUGACCAAUGACAACGACAACGGUGAUCAAUACAAACAACAUGGCCGAUUAUUAAUGAAUAAAACGACAGGAAUUUAUGGAACAGAAACCAGUGCCUUAUUAUUAUUGAAUAAACCAUUGGAUUAUGAAAUACCAAAUCAUAGAUUUAUUAUGCUUAAAAUUUCUGUCACUGAUAUUGAUCAUCAUAGUGAUAUGGUGGACGGCAAUGGUGGUGAAGGUAUAAUUAAUGUCAACGAUGAAAAAAUGACAAAACAACAGCCACAACCAGUGGAUAAUUUAAUGACAAAGCAACAUACAGAUAUUUGUUACAUUUACAUAACUAUUCGUGACAUUAAUGAUAAUAAACCAAAAUUUUUGAAAAAUUUUCUAAAUAUAACCAUUCCUGAAUCAUUUCCCGUCGGAUCUAUUGUGGCCAAAUUUCAUGCUAUCGAUCCAGAUCGUAAUCAUACUGAUGAUCUAUCGAAAUCCAUUGAAAAUAUUGACAUCUAUUAUAGCCUAGAUGAACAAACAAAUCAAAGAAAAUAUUUUCAAAUCGAUACUGAAACCGGUACUGUUCGAUUGAAUAGAAAACUUGAUCGUGAAACAAUUGCUGUACAUAUAGUGAAAAUAAUCGCCACUGAUCUUGAUGAUCCACCAUUAACAUCGAUAGCAACAUUGGUGAUAAAUGUUGAUGAUGUUAAUGAUAAUGCACCAUUUAUAAUCAAUACAACCAUAUUAUCGAUUCGUGAAAAUCAACAUCCACAACAACGUUUAGGCGCUAUUUAUGCAUUUGAUCGUGAUGAUUAUAGUAAAGGAAACGGACCACCAUUCACAUUUAGAAUCGAUCCAAAUGCAACGGAAAUGAUACAACAAAAAUUUCGUCUUGAAUACAUACACAAUGAUAAUGAUGAUGAUGAUGAUGGCCAUGCAAUUUUAUUUAGUAGACAAACAUUUGAUCGUGAACAACAGAAACAAUAUCAGAUACCAAUUAUUGUCAAUGAUUCUGGUUAUCCAUCAUUAUCAUCAACAUCAAUUGUGACCAUAACCAUUGAUGAUAUUAAUGAUAAUGAUAUGAAAGAUGGAUGGAAAAAUGUUUAUGUUUUUUACAUUGAUCAACAACAACAACAACAACAUGGAAAACAA